AUGCCAUUCUCGAAAUAUGUGCGUGUGUUUGUUUGCGAACUCAACAAUGACAAUUCAAAACAUGAAGCCGAACCGCCUUCUUCUGAAUCAAGUGCUGAACUCGGGGGGAUAAUGCGCAAAGAGACUGCUUCUCUUGCAACGGAAGAAAGGCGACACUGGAAUCAGCGAGAAGUGGAAAUCGCCAGUCCGGAGAAGGAAGUGACCGGUUCGACCAGCGAUUCUCAAAUGUUGAAGUCGACUGAUGAGUUUGACUCUUUGUUGGUGGAAGGAGUACUUUCCAGACUGGACUACAGUUUCGACCUCACCUCAGCUGGUCUCAUUAGCACCCCCAGCGGGACUCGAACAAUGACGAUGCAGCGCGUACUCUCGACACGUUAUCCACUACGCCGCACAUUGCCACGAGUGCCUUUGGGUCACAGGUUCAAGUCCCGUGGGAGUGCUGUAUUGCCACGCCGAGACGUCUUCAAGACGACCGAGGAUUUUGUAGACGAAACUUUGUGGCUCGCGCACGAAUCCACCGACUCCACUGCCAGAUGCUCAUCAGCGUCGACGGGAGUCCAACUUCGGCUACAGACUGGUCACGAAUUGAGUCCUUCCAAGGCCAUCAUAUCUCGUGACAUCAGCGACCUGGACGGUCGAGGAGGUCUCGAUAGGUGGUUUGUCAUGCUUUAA